GUAAUUGCAGUCAAACAAAAUACGUCCUCGCUCUCCUGUUGUGUUAGGGCUGUUCGUGGGAUAGUAUACAAACUCCUGUCGUUCUGUGGGGAAGAUGAAACCGCUGAAACUCAUGCUCUUUGCCCUCCUACUCUGUGUGGUUGUGUGCUUCCUGCUGUUUCUGACAUGGCCGACCCAGCCAGUUGUGUUCACUGCGGAGCUCAGCGCGAGGGAGGUCGCUGCAUCUGACAUGAGUGUUACAAAGGAGAAUUCCACACACGAUAAAGGCGACACCUUCUCACCCGUUAGGGCUAUGCAGGACCAGGACAAGACCAAUCAUAGCAAGAACAAGAACACACCUACCAAAGACAAGCUUGAAGAGAACAUGACACCGUCCGACAGUUAUACAUCAAACGCCAACGUAAGACAACACCCGCGGUACCUCAUCUACCUGUGUGACGAAAUUCGUUCUUGUGGAGGUUGGGGCGACAGACAGAAGGGAAUAGUAGCUGCUUAUCUACUUGCUGAAGUAACAGGUCGACAGUUUGGUAUCAAUAUGUCCUAUCCUUGUGACAUCAAAAUAUUCUAUGUCCCAAAUUUGGUCGACUGGUAUGUGAAGGUGAAGGACAUUCGUGGUUUGAAUUGGGAAAUGGUGGAUUGGAUGGAUAACCGCAAGGGCGUUGUCGACGUUGAUAUCGACUUUAACAUGAAAUACCCUAGUGAUGUCAUCUUCCUAAGAACAAACCGCGAUAUCAUCAACAGAAUAAAAAAGAGUUCUAGAUAUGGUCGCCUUGUUCCAAAGCAGUUUAAAGACGGAAGCCGUGCUCAAGUCUUUCAAACUAUAUGGCACAUUCUAAUGAGGAAAUCCUUUCAUUUUGAAGAACAUUUAGACAGGUUUAUGAACAGCAUUCCAAAGAACGGCGAGUUAGUUUGUGCUCACGUCCGAAUUGGGAAAAAACCUACCAUUUCAAAUGACGGUGCUCCUAUAAAUUCGUUAUCGUCUGUAGAUAUCUUAUGGAGAUUUUUGUCUGAGCAUGACAAUCACAGUCGUGUCUUCAUAGCAAGUGACUCUCUUGAUGUACGAAAUAGUGCCAGGAAAUGGUUCGGUGCCCGGGAAAUUGACACGGAUGGUGUGGUGCUUCAUAUAGACCGACAAGGACAUAAAUCUGGUGCUUGCUUGGGCCUUGAGAUGGCACUACUGGAUCAAACUGUCCUUAGUCUCUGCAAGGUGCUUGUUGUAUCAACCAGCAACUUUAGUAUCAGGGGUGCCAUGAUGUCACAACUAGAACAAAAACUUUUUAUCUUCAGAAAUGGAACAAUCACGCCAUUUAGAUUAUAGUGAGUGAGUGAGUGAGUGAAUGAAUGAGUAUUGUUUUUAUGCCAUUUUCUUAACUAUUCCUGCAACACCACCCCGGGGGACUUCGGAAAUGGGCUUCACACAUUGUACCUAUGUGGGGAAUCGAACCCGGGCCUUCAGUGUGACGAGCGGAUGUUUUAUCCACUAGGCUAACCCACCGCCCCUUUUAGAUUAUAAUAGUUGACAUGGUUAUAUUGUUUUUCUCUGUGUGUGCCUGAGCACUUUAUCUGGUUGUGGAACAUGCUUCAGGGGAAAUGACAACUGUACCACGGUCACCCCGCCAGACAGAGCUUAGAACAGCCUAACCAAUGUUCAAACAAUGGAACUAUUUCGUCAUUUAACUCAUUGUGAUUAACAUGGGCAUGUAAAGGGAUAAACACGAUGCGCCCUUUAACCCAAUCAACGCAAAUGAUCCUAUUUUCCAAGAAAAGCCCCAAACGCAUUUCUCGGACAAAACGAUUUUGUCAGCUGUGUUCUCAAAGAUCUCAAUGAAAUAAAAACGUCUGACAGGACAUUAUUCAAA